UUGACUAACUCCCGCACAGACAGCCUCCCGUCCAGCAAAAGGCCUGGACUAACAACAAAAACCCCAUCACCGGUCGGUCGCAAGUCCCUCAGAACAAGCAGUCUGUGACGAGCUCCCUCCGCGAGGGCCAGCGAGUCCGCAUUGUGCUCACGUCCGGCGCCGAAUUUGAGGGUACAUAUAACAACGGCCCCGAGCCUGCCAGCUGCCGCUUGAGCAUGGUGCAGCAGAAGAAACUCCCGAAUUCCGCAGAUAUCACGAACGGCCCCGGUAAAAGGGAGCAGCAGCAGCCCACCAUGACCAUCCAGCGGAAAGACAUUGCGGAUGCCCGCGUUGUUCCUGCCAGCAACGCCAAGAAUGACAGCCGUGCUCCAAACGGCAAUCGGGCUUCUUUCCGGACAGACACUGCAAUCUCCAACGCGCGACUCGGCCCCGAGAGGAGCUUGAAGGCUUGGGUUCCCGAUGCGGGUUACGAAGUUGAUGGGUCGCUGGAGAAACCCAGCGCUGGUGGCGCCUGGGAUCAAUUCGCCGAGAACGAGCGCCUGUUUGGCCUGAAGACGGACUACGACGAAAAUAUCUACACAACCGCCAUUGACAAGAGCCACCCCCAGUAUAAGGAACGGUUGGCGGCUGCUGAGAGAAAGGCGCGUGAGAUCGAGCGGACUCUUCCCACCACCUCGCAUGUCGCCGAGGAGCGUGUGAUGGACUUCGUUGGUGGCGAGGACCAAAGAGACGAGGAAGACAAGUACAGCGGUGUACGCCGACAGGAUUUCCCGCCAUUGGCGGCCCGGGACAACAAGUACACCCCGCCGGCCCGGCGUGCGCCCACCGGUCAGGCGACCGUUAAGGGUGUUCCAGUUGAUCCUGCUAUCAUCUCGUCACAGCUUAAGAGCACCCCUACCCCGAAGCCCACGCCGACACCGAAGCCGGUUGAGUCGAAAAACCAAGGCACCGCAGAGAAGCCGGCCACCCCAGUCCCAGACAAGCCGGCAGAGUCCAAGGCGGGUGCAGCCGCAGUCGGAGGAAAGGCGCCCGAGAGCAAGGCGGAGACCACUUCGGAUGCGAAGGCAGCGGAGGCCAAAGAUGGCACCGCCGCCCGGCCCUCGGCCACCACUAGCCGCGGUGCAUCCAAGGUUGGCGCUGUCCCCGGCGUGACCGCGAAUGUGGAGCGCGACGUGCUGUCCUCGUUCCGGAACUUCGCGACCACCCAAAGGUUCAUGGCCGAGAAAGUCAGGGCCACAAGGGUCAAGGCCGACAAGGAGGUCAAGCUGACGGAGCUGAAGAAAUUCGCAGAGAAUUUCAAGCUCUUCACCCCCGUCCCCAAGGACCUGAUCUCUAUCAUUGCCAAGGAUCCGGCCAAGCAGAAGCAGAUUCAGGACAAGGCGAAGCACAACAUGGACGAGCUAGCCAAACAGAAGGACGUGACCCCCCAGGAGAAGGAAGCGACGACGUCAAAGGAACCCCAGAGCAAGGGAAGCGCAGACCAAUCUGGUGCCUCGACGCCUGCGGCAACGGUCGAUGCCGCGCGCGGGGGCCCCCGUCCAGCUGCGCCGCCCCAUUCCGGUUCGACCGGAGUCCCCGGCCGUCACCAAGGCACCCGCUCCUCGUACAACCCCCAGUCGCACUAUCAGUACAACAGAAACAACCGACCGCCGCCUCAUGCGGCGCCUCAAAACCAAACGACGGGCCACCUGGGACAGCGGCUUCGCAACGUGGAGCAACAGAAAAUGCAGCACCCUCAUAUGGGCCAGCACCCGCCGCCGGACAUGCGCCUUCCCCCCACCGGCCCGGCCAACAGCGUCGACCCAAGCUUCAACCGCCGCAUGAAUGCUGCUCCGCCGCCCUUCAUGGGCCCCAAGUUGAACCCGAAUAGCCACGAGUUCCGGCCUAACGCGUUUGCGCAGCCCUUCAACCCCGCCGUUCCCAGUUCAGGUUCUUCCCCUCGCUCGUCUGUGAACAACAUUGCCGAGCCACCUGCCCCUCCGGCCCCCAUCAAGGGCCAGCUCAUCCGGCGCAAGACUAGGGCGGUGGAUGUCAAGAAAUGCUUCAUCCUAUCGCACAUCGAGACCAUCCAGCCGCCGCAGGGUCGGAACUGGGAUGACAACGAUGGCCUCAAGCCGUCUUUCGACACGCUCCCGACCUGGCGGCAGCUCCAGGAAGAGACAGAGGCGCCCGACUCGACCAUGCAUCUGACAUACAAGCAGUAUUUCGAGCGCCUGCCCCUCUCGAGCGCCGCCGUCGCCACACCCAACCCCGCCCACGUCAUGCCGCAGGUUGCGCACCAACACCAGCUGCCGUUCCACUUGCAACACGGAGCCCCUAACAUGGCGCCGCGCCAGUCACCACACAUGCCGCCGAUGCAGAUGCACGCUGGCCAGCACGGUCCCGCCCCCCAUGUGCCAUUCAGCAACCCGGAUGAUCAUAGGAUGAUGCAUUCCAACUCGGCACAGUCCUUCGCGUCCCCUAGGAUGGGACCGGUGCCGAUGGCGUAUCCUCCGGCGGUGAAUCCCCAGGGGCAGAUGCCGUACGGCCAGCCGGUUAUGCAGCAGUACAUGAACGGUCCUCAGAUGAAUCAGUUCCGCAGCUUCUCCCACAACCCGCAGUUUAUCCCGCAGCAACCGCACCACAUGGGAGGCCCCAUGAUGGUUCAGCAAGGUUUUAUGGGUCCCAACGGCAUGGUGACAGCGGGGCCGAUGUACCCCGGGGCCCAACCCCAUUUUAUCCCCGCCGGCGCAGGUCCUCCGCAGCCUGUCCCCGGGUCUAACGGGUUCCCCAGCCCAGGCCGGCCGGCCGCGCCGAUGAUGGUGCACCAAGGCUCGCAUCAGGGCUCGCACCAGGGCCAGCAGGCGGUGUACGGCAUGAGCCCCGGGAUGCCGUACCAGCAGCCGGCGUACACGCCACAGCAGCCUCAGGGCAAGUUCUCGGGCCAGCGGCCGCAGUGAGAAACUGCGAAGACGAACUGCAGAGGUCGUGCCGCGGCUUCGUCUACCUGCCUACCCGCCUACCCAUGCACC